CUCAGCUUCCUUACUGCACCUUCACUUGCCAGGGCUGAACUUCUCUAAGGUCCUGCCCAUCCUUGAGUCGGCCUCAAACUUUCUGGCCGCAGAAGUCUCCUGAACUCCAGUGAGCAGAGGAGCACGUCCAGGUCUCUUGAGAGUCGAGGGCUGAGGGCACUGAGCCAACAUACAGACCCAUCACCUCUGCCCACAAAGACACCCCUCCAUGCGGAACCAAGAUGGGGAAUGGAACCGAGGAGGAUUAUAACUUUGUCUUCAAGGUGGUCCUGAUUGGUGAGUCAGGCGUGGGGAAGACCAAUCUGCUAUCCAGGUUCACGCGCAAUGAGUUCAGCCACGACAGCCGCACCACCAUCGGGGUUGAGUUUUCCACCCGCACUGUGAUGCUGGGCACAGCUGCUAUCAAGGCUCAGAUCUGGGACACGGCUGGCCUGGAGCGGUACCGAGCCAUCACCUCGGCGUACUAUCGUGGUGCCGUGGGGGCCCUCCUGGUGUUUGACCUAACCAAGCACCAGACCUACGCAGUGGUGGAACGCUGGCUAAAGGAGCUCUACGACCACGCAGAGGCCACCAUUGUCGUCAUGCUCGUGGGUAACAAGAGUGACCUCAGCCAGGCUCGGGAGGUGCCCACUGAGGAGGCCCGCAUGUUUGCUGAAAACAAUGGGCUGCUAUUCCUGGAGACCUCGGCUCUGGACUCUACCAAUGUUGAACUGGCCUUUGAGACUGUCCUCAAAGAGAUCUUCACAAAGGUUUCCAAGCAGAGACAGAGCAACACCCGGACCAAUGCUAUCACCCUGGGCAGUGCCCAGACUGGACAGGAACUGGGCCCUGGGGAGAAGAGGACCUGUUGCAUCAGCCUCUGA